UCAGUCGAGAGCCACGGGGCUUGAGCGACCGCGCUCUGAAAGUCUGCACUGCGCCGAUAUGACGAGCACGCCGACAACAAGAACCCUCCAAACCCCGUCUUCGCUUCUCGAGCACAACCGCAGCUAAACACACUCUAUCGGAUAGAUAUAGACUAUGGGACUCGCCGCCAUGCUCAACCUCGUCGUAGAAUCAUGGAUCUGGUACGGCGUGACCGUCAUCGUCGCCUCGGCCCGCUUCAUCUCGCGCGGCCUGACGUUUGGCUCCAUCAAGAAGAUGCAGACCGACGACUACAUCAUGGCCGCCGCGCUGUGCACAUACACAACCUUCCUGGUAGCCAUCAAUAUCGUGUCGGACCACAACAGCAAUCUACUGCCGCCCGGUUUCGAUUUUGCGGAGCUGACGCCGGACGAUGUGGCGAAUCGGCAAUAUGGGAGCAAGAUGAUUCUGGUCGUCGAAAUAUGCCAGUGUGUGACCAUCUGGGCGGUCAAGGCCUGCUUGCUGAUUAUGUACUAUCGAUUGACCAUCGCAAUGAAGCGCAACCUCCUCGUCAAAGCUCUCGCUGUCUAUGCCGCCUUUGGCUUCAUCUUCAUGAUGGUCUUCUAUCUCGGCGUGUGGUGCCGGCCCUUUAGCAACUACUGGGCCGUGCCCACGCCGUCGCAAUGUUCUGCCGCCACAAACCACCUCAUCACAAACGCAACCUUCAACCUCUCCUCGGACCUGCUCAUGCUCGCCCUGGCCCUGCAGAUGUUUGUCAGCUCGCACCUCCCCUGGCGCCGCAAGGCUAUCCUGUGUGGCAUCUUCGGCUUGGGCGGCUUCGUCAUCCUCGCCGCCGUGCUGAACAAGUACUACAGCUUCACCAGCCCCUUUGGUGGCGAGUGGACCUACUGGUACGUGCGCGAGAGCAGCACUGCCCUGCUCGUCGCUAACCUCCCCUACACCUGGACCCUGCUGCGCCGCGUCUUUAAGCUGCGCGCCUUUAAUCCCGACUCGUCUGUCACGAACAACACUGCUACUGCUGGGAUGUCGCGCAGUAAAUUCUGGCACCGCGGCUCUGCCUUUGCGUCUGCAGGCGGCAGUGUCGACAGCGGCAGUGGCAGUGGCGGUGGCGGUGGCAGCGCCAAGAAGAGCGUCGAGUGGGCCGUGCGCGGCCCUUUCGAGCACGGCCGCCUGCCGAGCAAUCUCGACAAGGACCUUUAUCGCCUGCCGAGCAUCGAUGAGCCAGACAGUCCAUUUCCAGAGGGUCAGGUGUUUUGCGGGCCGCCACGCGGGUCUGUGGUGUCCAUGCGAACAAGCAGUGGUGUCGCGCGACGGGCCAGUCUCGUCGACAAAGACCCCUAUCGACUGCCCAGUCUGGACGAGCCUGAGCGUGCGAUGCAAGACGGAGACGUCGAGGCGGGCUUGGAUGGGAUGGAUGGGAUGGAUGGAGGUGGUGUGCAGCGCCUGGCGAUGGCGCAUGUGACCCCGGAGAAAAUGGUGUGACGGGCUGGCUAUAUGAAUUUACAUGGGCGUUUUUGGGUAUAUACGACACGAUGCAUGAGAUGCAGCUUUGACUGGCGUUUGGGUGGGAUGCUGGCAUUUUUUUGGAACGAAUUAUUGAGAUACCCAGACGGAACGGACGGACGGCAUAUGAUGAGCGUGGUGUUGACACUGUAGCUCAGGGGCUAGCCAUAUAUUUGGUAUUUG